AUGUCUUCCCACUUCCCACUCGGCGCCUUGAACGACAGUUUGCCUGGUAUUCGAGACUGGCAGGUCGAUAAUUCUCGUCCAGCCUUGCUGCUGCUAGCCCUCCUCCUUGUUUUAGCAGGCCCCAUCUCUGCUUUCUCGCGCCGUACCAAGAACCCGCCAAAGUUUCCCGGGCCUAAAGGGCUUCCGCUAAUCGGGAAUGCGCACCAGCUUGGAGGGCAGAAACAAUUUCUGAAGUACACCGAAUGGCACAAAACAUUCGGUCCGGUAUACAGUCUCAAUCUCGUAGGCCAGCAUGUCGUGGUUGUUGGGACUUCCAAAGCUGCUGCUGAUCUCAUGGAGAGACGUUCUGCGAUAUACUCAGAUCGUCCGCGUUUCAUCAUGGCCACGGAGAUUCUUACGGGUGGAAUGAACAUGGCAUUUGCUCGAUGGGGUGCUCGCUGGAAGCGAAUGCGCCGCGCUGCAAACUUCGGUCUGUCGAUGCGUGCCAGUCAACAGUAUAUUCCUCUCCAGGAGCAAGAGGCCGUUCACCUCUUGGACGGCCUCCUACACGAGUCCGGGUCCAUUGAUCCCCAUCUUCGCCGUACAGCGGCCGCUACUGUGCUUACGUCUGUCUACGCUUACUACCCCGUCAAACUCGGUGAUCCUUUGGUGCACAAGGUCGAGCAAUAUGUGGACAGGAUGUUGAAGGCCGCUCUUCCUGGCAAUUAUCUCGUCGAUCUCUUCCCAUGGAUGAUGUAUAUCCCGAAAUGGAUGGCAAGCUGGAAGCGUGAAGGUUACGCGUGGUUUAAGAAAGAUACCGAAAUGUUCCUGGGCGUUAUUGAUGACGUGAAGGAAGGAAUGAAAUCCGGGGAGCGCACGGAUUGUCUCGUCGCCAGCCUCCUGAGUAACCCUACGCAGCAUGAUUUAGACACAACAGAGAUUGCAUGGCUUGCCGGCAUGAUGUUGUAUGUUGGCGCGGGAGGCGAAGCAAUGGCGGCAUCACUGAGCGUCUUCGUUCUUGCUAUGCUACUGUAUCCCCGCGUUCAAGCUAAAUUGAAGGCUGAGAUCGACGAGGUGUCGUCUUCUGAACGACCUCCGACGUACGCCCUCGUCAAGGACCUUCCAUACCUCAACGCGGUCAUAAAGGAAACUCUGCGCUGGAGACCUAUGGGGCCUCUUGCCGUCCCACAUAGGUCCACUCAAGACGACGUAUACGAAGGGCACUUUAUACCCGCCGGAACCCUUAUUUUCCCGAAUGUCUGGGCUAUGCACCACGACGAGUCUGUGUACCCUAGUCCUGAAGAAUUCUACCCGGAGCGGCACUUGUCCAAGGAUGGUAUCACUUCGGUCUCUAUCCCAGAGACGAAAGAGCUGGGACAUCACGGGUACGGGUUUGGUCGUCGUUCGUGUAUAGGCUACACCGUUGCCAACAACGCGCUUUUGAUCAACGCUGCGAGCAUCCUAUGGGCGUUUGACAUCAGCAAGGCGAAAGACGCCUCUGGAAAAGAGAUCACACCUGAUCCCAACGACAUGUUAGACGAAGGGCUUGCAGUGAGACCCUCACCCUAUCAAUGCAGGAUCGAGCCUCGCUCGGCAGCACGCGCUGAGAUCAUUGAGGCUCUGAGGGCAACAGUAUGA